AUGAAAACUUCGACCUUUUUUGUCAAAACAUUGGAUUUUUCCACAAAGAAAAAAUAUGAUAAAGCAGUCUUGAACUUUAUUGUGGCUGAUGGAAGACCCUUUGAAAGUGCUGCAGGAAUUGGAUUCAAAAAUUUGUGCUCUGUCUUUACAAAUGGCAGCUACAAUCCACCACAUCCAACAACUCUUUCCCGAAGAUUAGAUGAUAUGGUCAAUACCCUUCAUGAACAAUUUGGAGCAAACUUAAGAUCAGACAUGGCAACCUCCAAACCUUCCAUCACAUUUGAUCAUUGGAAAGCUGACAAGGAGAUACCAGAAUCAACAAAAUUUCCACCAUUUCUGAGCAAAUUAAGGAUGAAAGCAGCUAGGAAUUUGCUUGCAAUUCAGGCAACAAAUUGUUCUUCAGGAAGAGUUAAUUCAGUUGGAGGACAAAUUAUUACUGACUAUCGUCACAAUUUCUCAGUCAAAAUAAUGCUGAAACUUUGA